AUGGCCCAACCCACAAUGCCGACUGUUCCGGAAGUCCAGUGUGAGAAUAUUACUGGAGAGCAACUGGCAGUGGAUUUGGCUGUCUUGACUGGCCGCCGUGUGGAAGACAUCAGGAAUGAAGGAGUGCAAUCCUUACUGGUUGCACUGCGCCUGAUUGGCGGAGUGCCUGAGAAUCGCCAGGACCUUAUCCGAUUGGCGACUGGCGAGUCCCUAGUUCGCCCACCUGCAUUUGUGAGAGUGCAUGCUGAGCCUGGAGCGAAUGCCCUUUCUGGAAACCAGCGGAUUGACGCCGCACUGGGCAUCCUCCCCGCUCCGGUGAAUCAGCCGAAUGUGGAGCAGACUGCUUGCGCCUCUGCCGGAGUGGCGCCGACUCCCAAACUGCCACCGGCUUGGAAGAGUGAUGGAAAGGCUGGCUCGAAUGACAUUCCAGUCGAGUCGCUACACCUGAUGUUUGAGACCUUGACGACGCACAGAUUGUCGAGGAAUGGUCCUGUGAAUCGGGAAGUGUCAGCCGCGCUGUCCCGAAUGGACUUUGGAAAGCAAGUGACUGCUCAGUCGGACUGGCUGAUCGAAGCUGUCUUCCGCCGCGAGUGGAAUGAUGACUGGGCUGCGAUCCUGUCCCUUCUGAUCUUCGGGACAAGGAGUGGAGGACUGUCGGGAUGCAGAUUUAAUUUGAGCACCCGGAUGAGAACUCCAAUGGCCCAAUUCGGCCCAAUGUCGAGCUUGCGACUGCGAAUGAACAGCUUGGGCAUCACCCCGGUGCAGAAGUGCCCGAAUGAGUGCAUGGUCGAGACUGCCUGGUACGCAAUGUCCAAGGCAGAGCGAAUGUUUCUCACGAAGGGUGACUGGUGGGGAGAAGUUCUUCCAGACUGGAUGCUUUUCGACGAGACUGCGACCUAUGAUGGAUUGGUCUUCGUACUGCCCCGCUUCUCUGCCUCGCGGAGAUGGUGGCAUUGGAGCCGCUUGGCCACUGUGAUUCCCAAUGGCCUGAUCGAGUGGCGCUUGAUGGGACACACAAUGGUCCCACUGAUGCAAGCGAGUGCUUCCGGAUUGCAUCAUGACUGUUCCAUUUGGGAUGAGCUGUAUGAGGAUGAUGAUGGCGAGCUUGUGAAUGCCUGGAUAGGUCCCGCCUCCUCGAGUGCAGGAAUGCCAUCGAAGAAGGCAAAGACAAUGACACCGUCGAGCUCGGCGACUGCCCUCGCAAGUGUCGCGAAUGCACUUGUUCCUGGAGCUGAAGUGGUGCUCCGGAUGAAUGCGAAUGCCAAGGUGAAACUCCGGGACUUGCAAGCCAAGCGUCGAGAUGUGCGCGCGAUGACCAGCGAAGUUACGGCUUGCGCCAGUAUGAAGGAAACUGCUGCACCUUCUGCGGCCGGCGUGUCGCAGGAGUGCUCAAGAAAAGAAGCGCAGCACGCAGAGGAGCUUCCCGGGUUCGAAAACGUGGUUGAGAUCGAAGCUUCACUCCUCGAAAGCUGGAAGUCUUGGAGCGGCCCCCGCUUAAGGGAUUCUGAAGGCAGACCAGUACCUUCACCCCCAGAUCGACAUCUUCACUACAGGCACAUUGCGCGAAUGGACAAGCUGCAGAAGGACGUGGAGGAAGCACACACCGCCUUCGAGCAGGUUGUGGCCCUCCGCCGCGGUGGUGAAGCGUACGUCGCAGCUGGCAAUGAAGCGGCGGGCCUAGUGGAGCCGCAGGCACCUGCAGUCAACGGACUGCAUCUUGAAUGA